ACCAUCCAGCUGGGACGCGCUUGGUGGAGUCAGUCAUGGCGUGCGGCUUCCGCAGGUCCAUCGCCUGUCAGCUUUCCAGAGUGUUGGAUCUUCCACCAGAAAACUUGAUCAAGUCAAUAUCUGCAGUUCCAAUUUCCAGAAAAGAAGAAGUAGCUGACUUUCAGCUUUCUGUGGAUUCUCUAUUGGAAAACAGCAAUGAUCAUUCAAGACCAGAUAUUCAAAUUCAAGCCAUGAGACUGGCAGAGAAGCUAAAAUGUGACACAGUGGUGAGUGAAAUCAGCACCGGUCGAGGGACUGUAAAUUUCAAAAUAAACAGAGAACUAUUAACAAAGACAGUACUACAACAAGUGAUUGAAGAUGGCUCAGAAUAUGGAUUAAAAAGUGAACUUUUUUCUGGCUCUCCCCAAAAGAAGAUCGUGGUUGAAUUCAGUUCACCUAAUGUUGCCAAAAAAUUUCAUGUUGGACAUUUGCGUUCUACCAUCAUAGGAAAUUUUAUAGCAAAUCUCAAAGAAGCUUUAGGACAUCAAGUAACAAGAAUAAAUUAUCUUGGAGAUUGGGGUAUGCAGUUUGGUCUUCUGGGAACUGGCUUCCAGCUGUUUGGUUAUGAAGAAAAACUACAGUCCAAUCCUUUACAGCAUCUCUUUGAAGUUUAUGUACAAGUUAAUAAAGAAGCAGCAGAUGAUAAAAAUGUAGCAAAAUCAGCACAUGAGUUCUUCCAGCGAUUGGAACUGGGCGACACGCAAGCACUUGCACUGUGGCAAAAAUUUCGGGACUUGAGCAUAGAAGAGUACAUUCGGAUUUACAAGCGUCUAGGAGUACACUUUGACGAAUAUUCAGGAGAAUCGUUUUAUCGUGAAAAAUCUCAAGAAGUCAUAAAGUUGCUGGACAGUAAAGGACUCCUACAGAAAACAAUAAAAGGCACAGCUGUAGUGGAUCUUUCAGGGAAUGGUGACCCCUCCUCAGUUUGUACUGUGAUGCGAAGCGAUGGGACGUCUCUGUAUGCAACCAGAGAUCUUGCAGCUGCUAUAGAUCGGAUGGACAAGUAUAAUUUUGAUAAAAUGAUUUAUGUGACAGAUAAAGGGCAAAAAAGGCAUUUUCAGCAAGUGUUUCAGAUGCUGCAGAUCAUGGGAUAUGACUGGGCAGAAAGGUGCCAGCACGUACCCUUUGGGGUGGUGCAGGGAAUGAAGACUCGGAGAGGAGAUGUGACUUUUCUGGAAGAUGUUCUAAAUGAGAUACGAUUGAGGAUGCUACAGAACAUGGCUUCUGUUAAGACCACCAGAGCGCUGGAGAACCCCCAGGAGACGGCAGAGAGGGUGGGGCUCGCAGCCCUCAUCAUUCAGGACUUCAGAGGUUUCCUGCUAUCUGACUAUCAGUUCAGCUGGGAUCGUGUUUUCCAGAGUCGCGGGGACACGGGAGUCUUCCUGCAGUACACACACGCCCGCCUCCACAGUUUGGAAGAGGCUUUUGGAAGCGGUUACCUGGAUGACUUCAACACUGCGUGCUUACAAGAGCCCCAGUCUGUUUCCAUCCUCCAGCACCUCCUCAGGUUUGACGAGGUACUUUAUAGGUCAUCUGAAGACCUUCAACCCAGGCACAUUGUCAGUUACCUUCUAACUCUAAGUCAUCUUGCAGCGGUGGCACACAAAACACUACACAUAAAAAACAGUCCUCCUGAAGUGGCCGGGGCCAGACUUCAUCUUUUCAGAGCUGUCCGCUCAGUCCUAGCCAAUGGAAUGAAACUUCUUGGAAUAACACCUGUAUGUAGGAUGUAAUUUCUAAUUAAAAUUGCUUUUAAAAUACUAAAUGAAUUCUAGUCAUCUAUUCUUAUAUGCCUUACUAUUUAGAAUAGAAUUGAAACUAUUAUUCUGUCAGAACCUAUAUUUUAUUGUCUGUAUUUUAUUAAGUGAUUUAUCAACUUAUUAAAUCUUUAUCUUUUAAAAA